AUCCCAAGACAAGUACACAAUCCAAUAUUUUACACGUGUUGAUAGCGCGUGUUGAUUGCCCAACAUGACCGACCCCGAUAUUGCUGCAGAAAUGGAGGAAGACAGUUUCGAUGACUUGGACUCCGAUGAGGAGCUGCAAGCAGCAUUCAGCCGAGGUGAUUUAAAACCAGGACUUAACAUCGAGGCCAGGGCAAAGAGAGUGUACAUAAAUGAUGAGCAAGGAUUAAAGGAUAGACUGACGGACUUCAAGAAAGACCUGGCAUGGCUUGAGAGGUUAGACGUGACCUGUGGUCCUGCAAGGGUACCGGGGGAGACAGAUCCUAAACCAGAUGAGGAGAACAAGGAUGAAGUACAUGAUGACUUCAAGAGGGAAUUAAGAAUAUAUCGUCAAGCCCAAGCAGCCGUCCUUGAUGCGCUCCCUAAGUUACAAGCUCUGAAUAUACCCACAAAGAGACCAGAAGACUUCUUUGCCGAGAUGGCUAAAUCAGAUGAUCAUAUGAGAAAGAUCCGAGAGAAGCUGAUUGCAAAGCAGCUGUCCAUGGAAAGAUCAGAGAAAGCAAAGAAACUUCGGGAACUCAGAAAGUUUGGCAAAAAGGUUCAACAAGAGGUCUUGGUGAAAAGGCAGAAAGAAAAGAAGGACUUAGCAGAAUCUGUAAAGAAAUUCAAGAAAGGUCACUCAAAGGAUCUUGGUUUUCUGGAAGGCAAGCCAAAAGGAGGAGCAAACUCCAAACAAGACAAAGCAGCAGCUAAACUAGGACCCAAUAUGAAGAGGAAAGCGAAGAACACAAAGUUUGGAUACGGCGGGAAGCACAAGGGAAGCAAGGUGAACUCCAAGCAGAGUGCUAGGGAUGAUGAGGAUCACUUUAGUAUCAAAAGAAACAGAUCAGAUGUCGCCAAACACCAGAAACAAUUUGGAGGAAAGCAGAGGAAAGGAAACACCAAACAGAAGAGACUAGGAAAAGGAAAGAGACAGAAACUCAAAUCUAGAAAGAAAUAAUGGACUGUGCAUCACUCUUUAGAAGUUUUAAUUUAUCUAAUCGUGCUGCUAAAAAAAGACUCUCCAUAUUUCUGAUAUCCUGGGAUCAUACAGUGGAACUUUUUGCUGGUCCCAGCUCUUUACAUUACUACCGGUAUGUUGUUUUUUAUAUAACAAGGUAAUUUCCUCAGUCCCAAGUACCUUGUUAUAAUGAGUUUCCAUUGUAUUAGGCCAUGCUUCCUUUAACUGACUCCUAGUCCUCCAUAAUGAGGAGUAGGGGAGUUUACAUGAAGUGUGAAUCCUGCUUUAACAUUUUGUCUUCUCAAAAAAGCUUGUGAAUAUGUUACUGUAUGUCAAAGCUAAUCUUGAGCUCUGGUAUGGGAAUUGUAUUUCGAAAGAACGUGGCUAUUUAUUCAUGCUGGAUUGUUUACCCUGCAGUAGAUUGAUUGUUUGAACCAGUAAAAUAAAAACAAAGUCACAAGAACUUACUGGAAAUCAUCUUCAAUAAAAACCAAAACUCCAAUGUGCACUUAGUGACCUGUAUUAAGCACAUGGUGUCGGGCCUACUUAAUUUGAUUUCCUUAUCUUUCUAUGCUCAUUACUCGUCCCCUGGCACAUUUCAUUUAUAUGUAAUCUUGAACAUUCAGUGACAAUUUUGUUGGAUUCUGUGAGAAUUUUACUUUCUAUCAUUACCAGAACUCAAGCUUAUUUUUUAACUUGUAUAAGUCUCACUAAAAGCAUAAUACAUGUAAACAAAAACAAAAAAAAAAAUAAAAAAAAAAAUGGAUUAACUUUUAGACAUUUUAGAUUUCAUUUUGGACUGUUCAGAUAGAUGCUUUCAUAUUGAUUCUACAAUUGCAAAAUUAUGUGCCAUUUUACUCAAUCUAUUAUAAAUGUGUGGUUUAAUUUUAAAAAUAAAAAGCAUUAUUUCAACGAAUAAGGAUUGUGUAAUUUAGACUUGUGUUUACUUUAUGGGGUUGAUAGCAACCUCUCUUGAAGAAAUGCCUGCACAAGAGACUACAUGAUAAUGAAGAGAUUAAAUUCUUUCGUGGAAGGAUCGACUAGUCCAUUAAAAUGAAUAGAAUUUAUUUACGUGUACUGAAAUGCAGGUGAUUUAUAAGUAUGCCCUGAUUUUGGAUGGAAACAAAGUAUGUAACGACAGAGUUUCAAAAAGAGGUUAUACAACUUUCUAACUGGUUGGCAUUUCCUCAGUGGACUUCCUCCCCCCCCCCCCCUUUUCAUUUAUUCCCAGCAUCUCAAACAAUUGCUAACUUCACUAAGAUUAUUUCAGUUGAUGCAGAUGGCAUAUUCUAUUUUUUUCUUCAAUCCAGCACUUCACACAGCCUCUUCAUGUCUUUUUUGUCGUCGUUGAAAAAUUGUGACAACUUUAUAUUAGUCAUGAAUGUCAAACUCUGCUUGUAGAGUAAUUAUUGUCCCUUUCAUUUUUGUGCCACCUCCCAAGUCCGGGAUUUUAUUCAAACAACUGCUCAACUUGUAAAUAAAUUUUAGAAGUUUAAAAGAUGA